AUGAUAUUAGAAACCAAGAAGAGAGUAAUCUAUGCUGUAACAGCGGUGAUUUUGAUUGUCAGCUUGAUCUUUACAACUUCUUUCAAUCAAACUUUCCCCCACCCUCAAUGUGUAUUGAAUCAAAAGAGACCUUCAUUCAAGCAAGAUCCGUUAAGAAUAAAUGAACGUAAUGUGCUUUUUCCUCAUGAAGAGUUUAUCUUAAAAAAUGCUACUAUAAUUGAUGGAGAUGGUAAAAUAUCUAGUGGAGAUAUUUUGAUUAAAAAUAGCACCAUCACGGAAGUUGGAAAUCUAAACUAUGAUAAUAUCAAAACCAUUGACUUGCAAGGGAAAUACCUCACCCCUGGACUAGUGGAUUGUCAUUCUCAUUUUGGUACAAGAGCGCAACCCCAAUUAAAAUUUACUGAGGAUACCAACGAGUAUACCUCCCCUGUCACCCCCUUCAUGAGAUCUAUUGAUGCAAUAAACCCCCGGGAUCCCAAAUUGGCUAGUCUUAAUGCUAAUGGUGUUACCUCACAUUUGGUGCUUACAGGAAGUAAGAAUUUAUUAAGUGGUGAAUCAUACGGUAUCAAGUUACAUCGAUCUCCUAAUAAUCUAGUGGAGGAAAUGCUUCUUCAGUACAAUGUUCAAGCAGAUAAGCUCGUCAGAUGGUUCAAAAUUGCUUAUGGUGAGAAUGAAAAGGCAAGUGGUUUGCCAGGUUAUCCCGUCAGCAGAAUGGGAGAAAGUUGGGUAUUGAGAAAGGCGUUUGAGCAAGCUUCUAGCCUCAAAAUAAAACAAGACAAGUGGUGCCAAAAACCUCAAGGAGACUAUCCAACUGACUAUGAACUUGACACUUUGGUGGAUAUUCUAAGAGGAGACCUUAACGUGAAUGUUCAUCUCUAUGAGACAUAUGAUUUUGAGACAUUGGUCAGGAUAGCUAAUGAGUUUGAGUUUCAUAUUGGCUCAUUCCACCAUGCUCUUUCUAGUUGGGAAGUCAUAAAGCUUUUGAAGGAACAUCAAACCUCAGUAGCAAUAUUUGCCGACGAAUGGGGAGGGAAAAAGGAACAGUACGAAGCCACUGUCAAUGCACCUCGAAUUUUAGCGGAAAAUCAUAUUCCCGUAGCCAUUAAAACUGACCAUCCUGCCUUUCCAGGACAAGAUCUCUUGUAUUACGCUCAAAUAGCUCACAACUUUGGUCUUCCAUCAGAAAUGGCCAUCAGUGCCGUAACUUCCGUCCCGGCAAAGAUCAUGUCCAUGAACCAUAGAAUAGGAUAUAUUAGGCCAGGUUAUGAUGCUGAUAUAGUUGUUUGGGAUAAUCACCCUUUAGUCUUGGGCACUAAAACUCAAGAAGUAAUCAUAGAUGGGAUUCCAAUGUUCCAGUUUGAUAAGCUCAAACCUACUCCACCAAGUUCGAAAGCUAUGCAAAGAGUUUCAUCUGAGAUCAAUGUUACUUCAGACAGCUUCGUCAUCACUGGUAUUAACAGCUCGUUCUUAAGAAACUCCACUAGUCUCAAUAUUGACCCUCAAUCCCAAGAAGUAGUGGUGGUGGAUCAAGGGGAAUUGAAAUGUAUCGGAAGUGCAACCUACUGCACUUUUGAUUCCAAUGUCCCGGUGGUGAAUCUUGAAAACGGCUAUAUUUUACCUGGGAUCACUGCUGUAUCUCCAGACGUUGGUUUAAGAGAAAUGAUGAACGAACCUAGUACUUCUGAUGGUGACGGUUCCACCUAUUCGCAAAUAAUUCACGCUAAAGAUGGGCUUAUACUUGAUGGUCUUGUUUUAGAGAGACUCCAAAAUGCUGGAGUAAGUCAAGCAAUCACUGCACCUAUAGGAACACAUUUCCAACGAGGAGUGAGUACCAGAUUCUCUCUCGGUGAGAAAACCUUGGAUACAUCCAUAUUGGACGAAGAAGUAGCUGUGCAUUUCACAAUUGGUGACAGUGCCAAAAGUCCAACUCUUCCUACCAUAUCGUCCCAAUUGAAGGAACUUCGAGAUUUCAUUGCUCAAGGGAAAUAUCCCCAUCUUCCUAUUGCUGUUCAUACCCACAGUAAACCUGUUAUUCUCCAAAUCAUUAAUCUCAAGCAGUCAGUCAAUAGGAAAAUAAUCAUCAUAGGUGGACAAGAAGCUUACCUUGUGGCAGAUGAACUUUCUCAAGCAGAAAUCCCCGUAAUCCUCGCUCCUUGGAGAUGUACUGCCAAACGAUGGGAAAAUCGUAGAUGCUCCCCUAACACGCCAUUGAUGGAAGAGUCGUCAGUAAAUAUCCUUCACAGGGCAGGAGUUAAGUUUGCUAUUGGUCAAGACCAGUUUAAUAGUGUGAGAAGAACGUUUUGGGAAGCUAGUUUGGCAGGAAAAGCUAUUGAUGGGUUUGAUCUCCAGCAAACGGUUGAUCUAAUUUCCCAUAACGUUGAUGAAAUCUUUGGAUUACAAGAAUCUAAAAAUCUUGUGGUUUUUGACCACAAUCCUUUAGAGUUUGGGGCAACCUUAGCGUUCAGUUUUUCUAACGGAAGACUCGUCAAAGUUUUCCCCGAAUAUGAAGAAGAGAUCAAAGGGGAUGGGCUAUUCAGAGGUAUAUAG